AUGCAAAACCAUACGAUAACAGCAUUCAUUCUCCUGGGGCUAACAGAUGAUCCACAAAUGCAGAGUCUGCUUUUAGUUUUUCUGUUCUUUACCUAUUUUUUAAGUGUAACUGGGAACUUGGCAAUUAUUUCACUUACAUUAGUGGAUCCUCAUCUUAAAACACCAAUGUACUUUUUCCUUCAAAAUUUUUCUUUCUUAGAAAUCUUAUUCACAUCAGCUUGCAUUCCUAGAUACCUGUAUAACCUAUCAACAGGCGACAGGACUAUUACCUACUCUGCUUGUGCCACACAGGCAUUUUUCACUGAUCUUUUUGGAGUAACUGAAUUUUUUCUCCUGGCCACCAUGUCCUAUGACCGCUAUGUUGCCAUCUGUGAACCUCUGCGUUACACCAUCAUCAUGAGCAGCAAAAUCUGCAGCCGACUCAUUCUGUGUUGUUGGAUUGCUGGCUUAUUAAUCAUACUCCCACCAUUUAGCGUGAGCCAGACACUGGAAUUCUGUGAUUCUAACGUCAUUGAUAGCUUUCUUUGUGAUGUGUCUCCCUUCCUGAAGAUUUCAUGCUCAGACACAUGGGUCAUUGAACAGAUGGUUAUAGUUUGCGCAGUGUUGACCUUCAUCACCACCCUUCUUUGUGUAGUUCUCUCCUACAUAUAUAUAAUCAAGACUAUCAUAAGAUUUCCCUCUGCCCAACAAAGGAAAAAAGCUUUUUCUACUUGCUCUUCACACAUGAUUGUGGUUUCUCUCACCUAUGGCAGCUGUAUCUUCAUCUAUGUCAAACCUUCAGCAAAGGACUCAGUGGCUAUUAAUAAGGGUGUGAUAGUGCUGACUACUUCCAUUGCUCCUAUGCUGAACCCCUUCAUCUACACCUUGAGAAACAAGCAAGUGAAACAAGCUUUAAACUACUCAGUCAAAAAAAUUGCCUUAUCUUACAAGACAUAA